UUUCAAUACGUUGCGGGAAUGGUUUGCUGUGAAACAGGAUCAGACCGUGAGCGGAGCGUGUCCACGGACCGGUUCUUCCAGCCCUGGAAUUGGGAAUUCUGCACAGCCGGAAUUCUGCCUACAGAAGGAACUAGAGCGAGCUGAGAGACUGGGAUACCCGUGAGGAUGCCGCACUCCGAUGGGAAGGCAGAGAUGCUCCUGUGGAUACUGACAGUCCUUCCCACUGUGGUCCAGUGCAGAGCGGCCAUGGCCUCCCCGGACUCAAUCACCACCGUCCCUGUUGGUGGAUCCGUCCACUUCCCCAUCCUCCAUGGCAGCGAGGACAAAUACGGUGUGAUUCUGGAGAAAACGUCCCCAAACCAGCUGAAGAUCUUGGCAUGGAUGUCAGACCGACCGGAGACUCCGUACGUGAUCGUGCCGUCCUACAUGAACCGGAUUCACUUCCGGAGAGAUGGUGUUAUCGAGAUGCGAAGCAUCAAGAUGAGUGACCAGGGGACGUACGAGGUGCAGACAAACUACUUUGGGAGGGAGCUGAGAAACCGUGAUUGUGACCAGUUUGAGGUCCAUGUUGUCGAGCCGGUGUCUGAGCCAAUAGUGGAGAUCAGCAGGAAUGCCUCCCACAUCACGCUGAACUGCACGGCUCUCGGAAGCGGACAGAUCACCUAUCGGUGGGAAAGGCAGACAGACGCUACCGUUGGGAACGACACCGUCCAUGGAGCCCUGCUGGUCCUGCAGAACGAUGGGCUGAGUGGCCACACCUACAACUGCAUUGCUGAAGAUUGCUGCAGUCGGCAGAUCAGCCUCCCAGUCUCUGUCGACUUCAACCCAGCCAGCAAGUCCAGAAAUUAUUGGGCCAGUGUCCUCAGCUUUACAGUCGUUUUGGUGUUAAUCUUGGGUCUGUAUCUGCUCAGGAAAUCUCAGUCAAGCCCACCCAGAAACCAAGGGCCAGGAGAGUUCCAGUGAGGAUGGGGGUUUGGAUGAGGGUUCUGACUGUCCGAUCUUGGAAUCUCGUGGCUCCUCUGACCCAGUGUGAACUGGAACAGGGACAGUGCUGAACAUGUCCCUCCCUCCAGCUGCUGUCUCUACCAUGACCCCCACCCACCCAACCCCUGAUCACAGGACGUCUGUGCCUCAUACUGUGUGGGAGGUGUCACUGAGAUGGUGGGCUCCCCAGUGUGGGGCAGUUCCUGACUGUAGCAACUACUGGGGAACCGAUCAAUGAUUGUGCGCAUUGAGAUGGGAGCUCAGGGUGACUGUGUCAGUGUCUGUCCCUGUGUCCUGUUUAUUUGUUCUGUCUCAGGUUUUACGCAGAACAUUUCAGCACAAUACAGGCCCUUUGGCCCAUAAUGCUGAGCUGACUUUGUAAUCCAGUCUAACAUCAAUCGAACUCUCCCCUCUGACGUAGCUCUCCAUUUUUCUAUCAUCCACAUUCCUUUAAAUGCCUCUACCAGCACCCCUGGCAGCAUGUUCCUUUCAUCCAUCACUCUCUAUAAAAACACACCUCUGAUAUCCCCCCUCGUACUUUCCUCCAAUCACAAUAAAUUGAUGCUGUCUGUGUUGGCCAUUUCCACCCUGGGGAAAGGUCUGACUGUCCACUGUCUGUCCCUCUCAUCAACUUGUACAACUCCAAGUCACUCUCGUCCUCCCUCACUGCGAAGAGAAAAUGCCCAGCUCACUCAACCUCUCCUCAUCGGACCAGCUCCCUAAGCGGUCACCUCACUACAGGAAGGAUGUGGAUACUAUAGAGAGAGUGCAGACGAGAUUUACAAGGAUUUUGUCUGGAUAGGAGAGUGUGCCUUUUGGGAAUAGGUUAGGUGAACUCGGCCUUUUCUCCUUGGAGUGACGGAGGAUGAGAGGUGACCUGAUAGAGGUGUAUAAGAUGAUGAGAUGCAUUGAUCGUGUGGAUAGUCAGAGGCUUUUUCCCAGGGCUGAAAUGGCUAACAUAAGGGGUCACAGUUUUAAGGUGUUUGGAAACUGGUACUGAGGGAAUGUCAGGGGUCAGUUUUUCCACACAGAGAGUGGUGAGUGUGUGGAAUGGGCUGCCAGCGGUGUUGGUGGGUGAGGCGGAUAUAACAGGGUCUUUCAGGAGACUCUUGGACGGGUACGUGGAGCUUAGAAAAGUAGAGGAAAUUGUACACAGUUUCUAGAGUAGGUUACAUGGUCAGCACAACAUAGUGAGGGGAAGAGCCUGUGAUCUGCUGUAGACUUUCUAUGUUCUAUAUUGUAUUUUAUCUUAUUUCUCUGUCCACCAGAGAAAGCAGGAUCUCCAGUGGCCACACAUUUUAAUUCCACAUCCCAUUCCCAUUCUGACAUGUCUAUCCAUGGCCUCCUCUAUUGUAAAGAUGAAGCCACACUCAGGUUGGAGGAACAACACCUUAUAUUCCGUCUGAGUAGCCUCCAACCUGAUGGCAUGAACAUUGACUUCUCAAACUUCUGUUAAUGGCCCAUCUCCCAUCUGUUAUUUAUUUAUAUACACACAUUCUUUUUCUGUCUCUGUCUCCCUUUUCUCCCUCUGUCACUCUCACUAUACCCUUUGCCCAUCCUCUGGGUUCCCCCCCCUUGUCUUUCUUCCCGGACCUCCUGUCCCAUGAUCCUCUCGUAUCCCCUUUUGCUUAUCACCUGUCCAGCUCUUGGCUCCAUCUCUCCCCCUCCUGUCUUCUCCUACCACCCCUUCCCUUCCCACUUUCAAAUCUCUUACUAACUCUUCCUUCAGUUAGUCCUGACGAAGGGUCUCAGCCCCAAACGUCGACUGUACCGCUUCCUAGAGAUGCUGCCUGACCUGCUGCGUUCACCAGCAACUUUUAUGUGUGUUGCUUUUAUUUUAAUUAUUGGUUCUUUUUGUCUUUUGCAUGUUGGUUGUUUGUCAGCUUUGUUAUUGUAGUUUUUCACAAUUUCUAUUAUAUUUGUGUAUUUUGCUGUGAAUGCCUGUAAUGAAAUGAA